AUGGCCUCAGUUACAGAAGAGCCCCCCAGCGUCGAUCUCAUUACCCUCACUAGACAUGUUCUUCAUGAUCAGAUGCGCCUGGGCGCUGCUGCAACUGGCGAUCUGACUCUCCUUCUCACUGCUAUCCAGGUCACCUCCAAGUUCAUCGCGACCAACGUACGAAAGGCCCGUCUGAUCAACCUUGUUGGCCUUGCCGGCGAAACGAAUGUUCAGGGGGAGGAACAGAAGAAGCUCGAUGUCCUCUCUAACGAUAUCAUGGUGAACGCCUUGAGAGCUUCCGGCAAAACCGCUGUCCUUGUCUCUGAGGAAUUGGAGGACGCGAUCAUUAUCGAGGAGAAGAAUAGGGGCAAGUACUGUGUGGUCUUCGACCCCUUGGACGGUAGCAGCAAUAUCGAUGCUGGUGUCAACAUCGGCACAAUAUUUGGCAUUUACAAGAUCCGCCCUGACUCGACCGGGACCAUUGAAGAUGUGUUGCGUCCGGGUAGCGAGAUGGUUGCUGCCGGCUAUACUAUGUACGGAUCGUCUGCCAAUCUGGUCUUAUCCACCGGUUCCGGGGUCAAUGGCUACACUCUUGACAACGCUUUGGGAGAAUUCAUCCUCACGCAUCCGGAUAUUCAAAUCCCUCCUCGAGGCAAGAUUUACUCAUUCAACGAGGGUAACUCGAUGUACUUCUACCAGCCGGUCACUGAUUAUCUCAAGUCUAUCAAAUUCCCUGCUGCACCUAAAAAGCCAUACAGUGCGCGAUAUAUUGGAUCCAUGGUCGCCGACGUACAUCGGACCCUCCUAUAUGGUGGCAUCUUCGGAUAUCCGGACGACAAGAAGAGCAAAUCAGGAAAGCUGAGGCUGCUUUACGAAGCUUUCCCGAUGGCUUUCCUUACCGAGCAAGCCGGGGGGAUCGCCACGACUGGCACGAAACGCAUUUUAGACAUUGUACCCACAUCGAUCCACGAGAGAUGCCCAGUAUUCCUGGGUAGCAAAGAUGAUGUUCAGGACUUGAUGAAGUUCUACCAGGAAGCAGCCGCAUCUUCCGCUGGAGUCAUAUGGCACACAAAUACAUUUCUGAAGCACAGGACAUCCUCACCAACGUCCACAACUCCGCCAAAUUCAUCUCUGAUUUCCCGACCACAGAGCUCUAUGUCUCUCCGUAUCAAAAUAUCAGCAAAACCCUCAGACCGUGGAAGCAGUGAGGCGGACGAACUCGCGCGACGCAAAGCAACCAAACGUCGGAUUGUAGACUCCGACGACGACGAACACUCUCCCGCCACAGUAUCGAGCACGUUGUCUGGAAAUAGUCGGUCGAAACGCGUCAGGCGACCAAGUCAGCGGGUCCUAGACGGGAUGGACUCGUCUGAUGCAGACGUAGACGUCGAAGGCGAUCAUGCUGAGGACUCAAGAUUUCUGGCAUCGACAUCUCACGAGGCUGCACCAGCUUCACGAGUGGCCGCCAAACCUUCCAGGAAGAGACGAGCUAUCAAAGUUGCAGUCUCAGAUGAGGAAGAUGACGACUUUGCAGUGGACGCUGUUCCUGACGACGACCCUCUGCCUUCUGAUUCUGAGGAAGCAGAUUUCACUUACGACGCGGACGAACCGAAAUGGCCCAAGAAAGGGAAAGCUGGCUCGAAACGGAGUUCCGCCAAAGCACUCACAACCAGGCGGUCGAAAGCCAAAGCCACUAAAGUACCAGAGAAGCCCAUCCCGAUGAAGGACGAACGUAGAUCACGUCUCAAGGAAGGUACGCCGACAAGCGAGUCAGCCAGUGGCGUCAAACGUGCCAGACCAAAGGAUGCAGAACUCGAUUUCGAUAGCUUCGAAGCGUCAGCUAUGGAAGCUAGUAACUCGAUGGGAGCGUCAUCUCAGGCUGAUGGUUCGGCCACGGCAGGAGAGGUAGCCCGUCCCCCUCCUCCAAAGAAGCCCAAGUUGCCUACAAUCAAGAAACACAAGAAUGCAACUUCCUCAGGCCCGAACACUCCCUCCAUGGCCUCUGCGUCCGCUCCAAAGGCGAUAGGAGGGCUUCCCGCAAAACAAGGAGCCGGCGAUUCCAAACCUGCGAAUUUGCCACGGCCAGCAGCUUAUGUCGGAAUGACCGACUUUGAUCUUCGAAAUCCUAACGUUUACUCAGAAUUGUUCAAGACCGCAAGCGGUAAUACACCUCGGUCAGGGCUAAACAGACGCGAGAAAGAAGAAGAGAGACUUAAAGAACUUGACAAAAUGAGGGAUGAGGCUCGAGCCAAGCGCAUGGAAGAAGCGAAACCUCCAUUCGACCUGCAAGCCCAGGUGGAGAAGAUAUAUCAUUUUGAACAACGGCUGGUAAAUCGCAGCUCAGCGCUGUACCCAAACUGUCUCGGCGCGAGGUGGAGAGACGACUGGGAGUUGAAGCGCAAACGCGAACAAAGGAUGGAAGCCAAUAUCUAG